CGGCCCGUGGAGAACGUGUCAGACCCAGUCGUUGUGCAGUUCGAAGUGUCCAUGUCACAGCUGGUGAAAGUGGAUGAACUUAAUCAGAUCAUGGAGACCAACCUUUGGCUCAGACAUAUCUGGAAAGACUACAAGCUGAAAUGGAACCCAAAAGAGUUCGGCGGCGUUGAGUUCAUCCGUGUGCCAUCCAACCGGAUCUGGAAGCCGGACAUCGUCCUGUACAACAAUGCCGUUGGGGAUUUCCAGGUGGACGACAAGACCAAAGCUCUGCUGCGCUACAACGGAGAGGUGACCUGGAUCCCGCCGGCCAUCUUCAAGAGCUCCUGCAAGAUCGACGUCACCUACUUCCCCUUCGACUACCAGAACUGCACCAUGAAGUUCGGCUCGUGGACCUACGACAAGGCCAAGAUCGACCUGGUGCUCAUCGGCACCACCAUCAACCUGCGCGACUUCUGGGAGAGCGGCGAGUGGGUGAUCAUCGACGCGCCGGGCUACAAGCACGACAUCAAGUACAACUGCUGCGAGGAGAUCUACACAGACAUCACGUACUCGCUGUACAUCCGCCGCCUGCCGCUCUUCUACACCAUCAACAUGAUCAUCCCGUGCCUGCUCAUCUCCUUCCUCACCGUGCUGGUCUUCUACCUGCCGUCCGACUGCGGCGAGAAGGUCACGCUGUGCAUCUCCGUGCUGCUGUCGCUGACCGUCUUCCUGCUGGUCAUCACCGAGACCAUCCCGAGCACGUCGCUGGUGAUCCCGCUGAUCGGCGAGUACCUGCUCUUCACCAUGAUCUUCGUCACGCUGUCCAUCGUCAUCACGGUGUUCGUGCUGAACGUGCACUACCGCACGCCCAAGACGCACACCAUGCCGCAGUGGGUGCGCGGCGUCUUCCUGGGCGUGCUGCCGCGCGUCAUGUUCAUGACCCGGCCCGAGCGCAACCCGCAGCGCUUCAGCAGCCAGCCGGGUCACUUCCUGUCGCCGCCCGCCCCGCUCCCGCCCCCGCCCCCACCCUACCCCUGCACCCUGCACUCCUCCUCCUCCGCCUCCUCCUCCGCCGCCUCCUCCACCCUCAACCGGCAGCGCCUCUUCCUGAGCGCGGAGCUGUCCGCGCUGCACGGCCCCGGGGGGGGCAGCCUGUCGCUGACCUCUGACCCCGCCACGCUCCUGUGCCGCGAGGGCCGCUGCAGCUGCUGCUGGCGCCAGAGGGCCGGUAAGCUGCCCGGCGACGGCAGAGGGGGCGCCGCCGGAGGAGCGGGUACCCAGGGCAGCCUGGGCACGGUCAGCGGAGGCCUCGGAUUGGGCGGCGGGGUCGGGGUCGGGGUCGGGGUCGGGGCGGGGGCGGCAGGAAGCCCCUGCUCGAGUUCGGAGUCGCUGGACUUGGGGGUGCUGACCCUGUCCACCCUCUCGCCCGAGGUCAGGGAGGCCAUCGAGAGCGUGAAGUACAUCGCCGAGAACAUGAGGCUUCAGAACGAGGCCAAGGAGGUUCAGGACGACUGGAAGUACGUUGCCAUGGUGAUUGACAGGAUCUUCCUGUGGGUGUUCAUUCUGGUGUGCAUUCUGGGAACAGCAGGCCUCUUCCUCCAGCCCCUGCUCCUUGGGGAGGACAUCUGACCAGUCUGACCAGACCUGACCA